CCAAGCACUGUGUAGUACCACCGAUUGGGGAGUAGGUGUGAAACUGAGUUAAACUUGGUGUUGUGUUCUGUGGCCAGGACUAACAGCAAAAAGACACAACAGCUGCUCAUCCUCCUCCAUCUGCCUGUUGUCUGACAUUAUGGAGGUACCAGUGGGGUCAAAGAUCAGCAUUAUUAGGAGCAGAAGAGUAAUAACUGGCAACACGAUUUCUCCAGCUGAUAUAAUCAUCAAAGAUGGCAAGAUCAUGGGCAUCCAGCCAUGGGGCAAGCAGACCGUAACCAUGGGAUCACAGUUUCUAGAUGCUGGUGACCGUGUGGUCAUGCCUGGAGUUAUUGACCCUCAUGUUCAUGUCAAUGAGCCUGGGCGCACUGACUGGGAGGGCUACUUUACCGCCACAAGAGCUGCAGCUGCAGGAGGCAUUACAACAAUUGUAGACAUGCCAUUAAACUGCCUGCCACCAACUACCUCUGUGAGUAAUUUUCACACCAAACUGAAGGCUGCAAAGGGACAGUGCUUUGUAGAUGUUGCAUUUUGGGGAGGAGUCAUUCCUGGUAACCAGCUGGAGCUGGUGCCAAUGUUGCAUGCUGGUGUAGCUGGAUUUAAGUGUUUUCUCAUAUCCAGUGGAGUGCCUGAGUUCCCUCACGUUAGCCUUAUGGAUCUGCAUUCAGCAAUGUCAGAGCUGCAGGGAACCAACAGUGUUCUUCUGUUUCAUGCUGAAUUUGAUGAGCCAUCAAGAGCACCAACCAAUGGAGACCCUAUGCUAUAUGAAACAUUCCUUGCCUCACGCCCCCCUUGCAUGGAAAUUGCAGCAGUGGAAGCUGUGGCCAAUCUAUGCCUAAAGUACAAAGUUCGCUGUCACAUCGUGCACCUCUCAUCAGCAAUGGCUCUCCCAAUCAUCAGAAAGGCCAAAAAAGCUGGGGCACCUCUCUCUGUAGAAACUACCCAUCACUACUUAACACUGAGUGCAGAGAAAAUCCCCCCUGGGGCCACAUACUUCAAGUGCUGUCCCCCUGUUAGGGAACAGAGCAACAAGGAGGCACUCUGGAACGCCCUCUUGCAGGGUCAUAUUGACAUGGUUGUAUCUGAUCAUUCUCCUUGUACACCUGAGCUCAAGCUCUUGCAGGAUGGAGAUUUCCUUAAUGCUUGGGGGGGUAUUUGCUCACUGCAGCUUGGAUUAUCUCUUUUCUGGAGCUCUGCAAGAACUCGUGGCUUCAGCUUGUUGGAUAUACCUCGCUUCCUGAGCAGUAACCCAGCCAAGCUGUGUAGUCUGGAUGGGAGAAAAGGGACCAUUAAACCAGGGUAUGAUGCUGAUUUGGUUAUUUGGGAUCCUGACAAAGAAUAUCAGGUGCAGGAGAAAAGCCUUCAUCACAAGAAUAAGCUCACACCAUACCUGGGUUUUCAGCUGUGGGGAGAAGUCGAAGCAACAAUAGUUGGAGGAAUUCUGGUUUAUUAUAAAGGAAGACAUUGUCCAGUGCCUGCCGGUAAACCUCUUCUCAUGCAAACUAUGGAACUGCCAGAACCCAGUGAUCCGUACUACUAGCAAUCUCAUUAUUCUUCCAGUGUCACCUAAAAUGGUGACUUUCUGUGAUUUCAUGAAAGGAAAUAGAGCAAACACAGGUUUCUGAGCUUCCAAUCCCUCCUUGGUUCAUAGUAUAUCUAUACUGGGUAACUUCCUAAAUAAUUUUUGAACUUCCUGAACUGCCCAGGGUGCCACCCAGUGAGUACCAAAGCUUUCUCAUCUCCCACACUGCAGAACACCUUUUCUAUAUAAUAAACUGCAUAUCACUUGUU